AUGUUUGACACAACGAAAUCUCAUCAUCUACUGGCGCAGGUGCCGUUGACUGUGUCACCCUUUUUGUCCUUACCAAUCGCCGUAACUCUUCCUUAUACAUACCGUUCCGUGCCCGCGACCCUUCCACCUUCUAUUAUACCUGAUAACGGUGACGGGAAACCAAAAUAUGUCACAUCUACCUCUGGUCAUUCAGCGCAUCCGGAAGAUAUCAUAAACUCUUGUAGAGCCCUCCAGGACCACCUCCAGAAAAGCGCUGAAGCUGCUCAAAAAGCAGUCCGGGAUUGGGAACGAGACGUCAAGGAGCGUGAUCUCGCAGAAAAGCGACGGUUAGCGCCUGGCUGGCUAGAUCGUCAAGAGAAGAUAUUAGAACCCACAAAGGUUCCCAUCAAACAAGGCAGCGGCCACGACUUGCUUGACGGACAACCAUCAGCUGUAAUAUCCGCACCAGCCAUGUCACCCACUCGCGAAGGCGAAGAACUUGAUCGAGCGUUCGGGGGACUCGGUCUUAAGUGA